AUGAAUCAAUAAAUGGCUGAAGAAUUUAAUGAUGGUUAUGAAAACCAAGCUAUUAAUGAUGAAUAUAAGAUAUGGAAAAAAAAUGCUCCUUUCCUAUAUGAUAUAGCAAUAACACACGAAUUAGAGUGGCCUUCAUUAUCUGUAUAGUGGCUACCUACUAAAGAUAUCCCUUAAGAAAGUGACUAUGCAAUUCAUAAACUGAUUUUAGGAACUCAUACAUCUGGUUAGGAUAAAGAUUAUUUGCUUAUUGCCAAGGUUAGAUUGCCACUUGAAGAAACUGCUACAGAUAUUAGCGAAUACCAAAAUUAAGCAAAAGAAGUCGGAUAAACUGGUUUGUCAGCUGGAGAAAAUAGAAUAGAAAUAGAAACAAAAAUAUUGCAUGAUGGAGAAAUUAAUAGAGCUAGAUACAUGCCUUAAAAGUAUAAUGUAAUUGCCACAAAAGUAACAAAUGGUGAAAUCCAUGUUUUUGAUUACACAUAACAUCCUACUACCCCAUAAAAUGACUAAGUUCGCCCUUAGCUUAGACUCGUUGGUCAUUCAGCAGAAGGUUAUGGUAUUUCUUGGAAUCCUAAAAAACAAGGUUAUAUUGUUUCUGGUGGUUAUGAUAAAAAAAUAUGUAUUUGGAAUGUUGAAGCUGCUUCAUAAUUAAAUUCAUCUAUUAGUCCUCUCCAUGAUAUCGAAUUUCAUAAAUCAUGUGUAGAAGAUGUUGCUUGGCACUAAAUAAAUCCUGAUAUAUUUGGUUCAGUUAGUGAUGAUCGUACUGUAGCUAUAUGGGAUAUGAGAUAAAAAUCAAAUGCAGGAUUAAUCAAUCCAACUCAUUGUACAUAAGCUCAUACUGGAGAUAUUUAUUGUUUAGAUUUUAAUCCUUUCAACGAAUAUUUAUUUAUUACAGGCUCAGAAGAUAAAAAUAUUGGAUUUUGGGAUAUGAGAAACACAUCUAAAAGAUUACAUACUUUUGUAGGACAUACUGAUCAAGUUUUGAGAUGUGAAUGGUCACCUUUCAAUGUUGGUGUAUUUUCUAGUUGUUCUGCUGAUAGAAGAGUUAUUGUUUGGGAUAUCAGCAAAUGUGGUUAGGAAAUGAAAAAUGAAGAUUUAGUCGAUGGACCUCCAGAGCUUCUAUUUAUGCAUGGAGGCCACAGAGCAAAAGUAAAUGAUAUCAGUUGGAAUCAAAAAGAAAAUUUAAUUUUAGCUUCAGUUGAAGAAAAUAACAUAUUGCAAGUUUGGCAAAUGGCUAGAAAUAUAUAUGAUGAUACUGAUGAUGAAGUAAUGAAAGACUGA